GUGUUGCUGGUGGACGUGCCGCUCGAAGCAUUGCUCGUCGCAGUCGCGAGUGCAAGGCAGCUGGUGCCCAUGUGCGCGAGCCCUGGUGGGCUGGCCAUGGACCUCCUUCCGCUGUUCGUCACACUCGUGAGAGCGAGGGCGUCGGUGCUGGCCCCCGUGGCACUGUUCGACGCUGUGGUGCUCCACCCCAUCGCGCCGCUCGGUGGCGAGGUGCUCGUGACAGACAUGCCGUUGGAAGACGUGGCGAUGCAGGGUCCCAUCAUGCUGCCCAGCAUCGUGGUUAUCGACCCCGUGGCGUUGCACAGAGUGGAGGUACUUGUCACCGGCGUGCUGCUGAAAGACGUGGUAUUCCAUGCACCGGUCGUAUCACUCUCGCGCGUAGGAGUGGAAUUGCUGAAGGUGUAUCCCGUCGUACUCAUCGUCGUUUUGCUCGAUUGCACCGUACUGUACGGUGUCACGAGGCUGUUUGUGCAGGAUCUCGUCGUACUGCGCAGCGUCGUGGUGUUCAGCUCCGUCGCGUUGCUCGGCGUCGAGACGCUGGCGACGAAAGUGUUGUUGGCUGGGGCACUGUUCCACGCGCUGCUCUUCCAACUCGGCGCGAGGCUGUUCAUGCGGAGUCCCGACGCAUUGCACGUCGCGGUGGGAUUCGACUCCGUGGUGUCGCGUUGUGUCCCCAUGUUGGUCGCGCAGGCAGCCGAUGCCCACGUGUGCGCGAGCCCCGGUGGGCUGGCCAGGACCUCACUAUGUACGUUGAACGGCACGCGCGUGAAUGCGAGGGUGUGGGUGCUGGCCCCCGUCGUGCUGUUCGGCGCGGUGAUUCUCCACCCUCUCACGCUCGGCAGCUUCGAGGUGCUGAUGACAGACGUAUCGUUGACAGACGUGGCGGUGCUGGGUCCCGUCAUGCUGCCCAACAUCUCGUUGCGCAACUCCAUCGCGUUGCUCAGACUCGAGGUACUGGUCUCAAAUGUGUUGCUGAAAGACGCCGUGCGUGAUGCACCACUCGUCUUACUCGUAGGGGUGAAACUGUUGGAGCUGUACCCCGUCGUACUCGACGUCGUUUCGCUCGAUAUCAUGGUGCUCCGAGCCGUGAUGCUCACUGCAGAGCUCGUCUCCCUCGAUGUGAGGUUGCUGGUGCUGGAUCUCGUCUUGAUGCGCAUCGUCGUGAGGCUUAGUACCGUCGUACCGCUCACAGUCGAGACGGCGGUCCCUAACGUGCUGCUCAAAGACGCGGAGCUCGUCGCAUUGCUCGUCCCACUCGUCAAGUUGAGGCUGUUGGCGCUGGAUCCCGUCGCACUGUCCACCGCCGGGGUGCUCACCUCCGCCGCGUUGCCCAGUGUCGAGGCGCUGGUCACAGCCGUGUUGGUGACCGACGCGUU